CCGGGCUCCGCCCGGGUGUCAGCUGCAGGGCAUUGCCUAACGGCCUGCAGCUAUUGGGGUGCUGGCACCGGACCCUCAGGGAAUAAGAGCCGGACCAGCCAACCUUACCAGAUGAGAAACCUGAGGCCUUGAGAGGUGAAGUGAGUUAUCCAAGGCACACAGCUAAUUAAGUAGCAGAGCUGGGAUUAGAACUCAGGUGUCCUGUCUCCCAAGUCUCUGAUCCGGAUUGCUAAAAUGAGUCUGCGGAAGCAAACCCCCAGUGACUUCUUAAAGCAAAUCAUUGGACGGCCAGUUGUGGUCAAGUUAAAUUCUGGAGUGGAUUAUCGAGGGGUCCUGGCCUGCCUGGAUGGCUACAUGAAUAUAGCCCUGGAGCAGACGGAAGAGUACGUGAACGGGCAGCUGAAGAACAAGUACGGGGAUGCAUUUAUCCGAGGAAACAACGUGUUAUACAUAAGCACCCAGAAGAGGAGGAUGUGAAGAGGUCAGGAGCACCAUGCUUUUCAUACUUGGAUAUAUUUUUUUAUGAGAUUUUUUUUUAAUAUAAUUUGUCAUAUUUCAUAAAAGUUGGUGAUUUUUCACUGGCAUGUGAGUAAGUAAAUGUAUAAAAUUGUGGAUUUAAUUGUAAAGAAUUCUUUCAUAUUUAAGUUUCAGUCAUUUUCUUUUACCUCUAUGUCAGUGUGCAAAAUGCAAAAAAGAAUUAAAAAAA